GAUCAAAAACACAAGAAUACCUGACGAUGGUAAGUAGUUUGUUUUACACAUACAGCAGUGUGCAAAAUUAUAGCAUCACCUCUUAAAACUGAGUUAUUUGAUCUUUCUCGACCACAUGCACAAAGAAAGCCCGAGAAAAUAAAUGUUAUCGAAACUCGUCAUUUUUUGUCUGUGCAUAAUUAUAGCUUCACUAUCGUAUUUUCCUUAUGCUUCUACCAAAGCGAUGUUAGUUUGACUCGAAGGUUACGUAGAUAGAUAGAGGAGCUGUUUUUGAACAUUUUCUUCAAAAAAGUUUGAAAAAUGAUCUAUAUUAAGAUUUAUUAUUAGACUUUAUUGGGCAAACCAGAAUGACUUCAAAACAGCAACCAAAUUUCGUAUUUUCGCUACAACAUUUGAAACCUAAGACAGAAGUAAUUUUUUGAUAAUGAAUUCGAAAAGAAGACAUUUUUCGCUCUAAAAUGAAAUGUUCGCGAGUUUCGUGCGUCAUUUCGUAAUCUUCGGGUCAAACUAACAUCGCUCUGGUAGAAGUAUAAGGAAAAUACGAUAGUGAAGCUAUAAUUAUGCACAGACAAAAAAUGACAAGUUUCGAUAAACAUUUAUUUUCUCGGGCUUUCUUUGCGCAUGUAGAUAAAAGUGGUCGAGAAAGAUCAAAUAACUCAGUUUUAAGAGAUGAUGCUAUAAUUUUGCACACUACUGUACAGCAUAUUGAAACCUAAUGUUAAGUCUAGCUGGUUCACAAAACACGUUCAACUUGCUACGAAAUCAAUUGGAUUACAAUGUUGUCGGUAUGAUUGAAUAAAAUACCUGUCAAAUUUCUCAUAUGUCGCUGUGUCGUAGAUCUAUUGUCGUUGUCACCUUCGAAUCAAACAGUGGAAUCCGAAUCAGUUGCCAAUGCUCGACGCUUAUACAAGUCAUGCAUAAAUGAAGCAGGCAUCGAAGCUGAGGGUGUUAAUCCUAUUCUUUCAUUAAUUAACUCAGAAUUUGGUGGUUGGCCUAUACUACAAGGGCCAUCAUGGGAUAAUGCCACGUUUGAUCUAUCGAAUCUCUUACUCACACUACGAAAAUACAAUAAUAAUCCUGUAUAUCGGGUGGGCACAUCAACAGAUGAAAAAAAUUCUACAGCGUACGAUAUUGAAGUGGGACAAGGUGGUCUUGGACUUGGACAGAAGAACUACUAUAUAAAUGAGACAUCGGUCAAUGUUGCUUAUCGCCAGUUUAUGCGAGAUUUGGCGACAGCUUUAGCCAUCGAUACAACGACUAUCGAUCAAGAUGUUAUUGAUGUAUAUGAAUUUGAAAAGACUAUUGCUAAGUACCAUUGGACAAUCGCUGAACAACGGGGGCGUGAUAGUGAAACGGUUCGAACUACAGUCGGUAAUCUAUCGGUCAUACUAAAUACUACAUUUGAUUUUAACAGUUAUCUUCGUCGUGCCUAUCUAUUAGGCAAUGUCACUCUAUUCGAUACGGACAUUGUUGCAGUAAGCGAACUGGAGUUUUUGCGCAAUGCUUCGAUAAUCCUUGAUCAAACACCUGCACGUACAAUACAGAAUUACAUGAUCUGGCGUUUUAUGAUGAAUCGAGCGAUCAAUAUGCCUCAGUACAUACGAAUUUUGAGAGAACGAUUCGAUCGAGUCUUUCGAGGUACAACUGCCGAACAACCACGCACAGUUUUAUGUGGUAAUUAUGUGAAUAGUAACAUGGGUUUUGCGGUAUCGAAACUUUACAUAAAAGAAUAUUUUGACGAAAAUGCCCGCAAUCAAUCCUUCGAAAUGAUUAACGAUAUUCGAAGUUCAUUCACUGAAAUGCUCAAUCAGUCCACUUGGAUGGAUGCAGAAUCGCGGAACAAGGCUAUUGAGAAGGCACAAGCUAUUGAUCAGAAAGUUGGCUAUCCUGACUAUCUGGGAAGUAACAACAACACAAAAUUAGAAGAAGAUUAUGCGGAGUACAAUUUCAAUUCAUCCUAUAUUAAAAAUGUAAUUAAAUUACUUGAAAUCAAAGCUCAAGAAGAUUUUCGAUCGCUUCACGAACCUGUCGAUCGUAAAGCAUGGGGUAACACAGCACCUAGUGUAGUCAAUGCAUUCUAUGAACCAUCGAGAAAUCAAAUCAUUUUUCCUGCUGGAAUUUUGCAAAAACCUUUCUUUGACAAAGAUGCACCCAAAUACCUCAACUAUGGUGGAAUUGGUGUAGCUAUUGGACAUGAGAUAACACAUGGUUUCGAUGACAGUGGUCGGCAAUUUGAUAAAGAUGGAAAUCGACUUCCGUGGUGGACUGAUGAAACAAUCCAAAAGUUCAUCGAACGCAAAACAUGUAUUGUCGAACAAUACAGUAACUACACAGCGACACAGAUCAAUAAAAAGUUAAAUGGCAAUCAAACGCAGGGCGAAGAUAUUGCUGAUAAUGGUGGUCUUCGCGAAGCUUAUUUUGUGCGUAUCAUCCUUUGA